AGACCACCAUCGGCCUACGCUCCCACAGGACUAUUAUGCAAGCAGUCCAAUACAAGGUGUCGGGGCUGCGGAAUUAGUGCCAGCUGAACGUUAUGAGACGGGCGUGGCUCAAUCCACCAACCCAAAUGGGUGGUAUGCGAUCUUUGGCAGAUUCUGAAAGCAAAGCUUCAUCUGCUAUUGAUACAGACACUGACGUGCAGGACACGACCGUGUAUGAGAAGAGUAAUGUUUUACUUAUCGGCCCGACUGGAUCUGGCAAAACGCUUCUGGCAAGAACAUUGGCCCAGGUAUUACAGGUUCCGUUCUCCAUGUCGGAUGCAACCCCGUUUACGCAGGCAGGCUAUGUAGGCGAAGAUGUUGAAUUGGUUAUUCAGCGAUUAUUACAGUCAUGCGAUUACGACGUGAAGAAAGCCGAAACGGGUAUAGUAUUUAUCGACGAAAUCGACAAGAUUGCACGACGAUCCGACUCGCUAUCGACUUCACGAGACGUGUCUGGUGAAGGUGUACAGCAAUCUCUAUUACGUAUGUUGGAAGGAACUGUGGUGAAUGUAACCGACAAGUCGGGCGCUAGCAGUAGUCAAAAUCGUCGCGGUGGCAUGCCUGGAUCGCUUGGAAAUGGACAAAAUGGCGGCAAGGGCGAAACCUAUGCUGUAGACACAAGCAACAUUUUGUUUAUACUCAGUGGAGCAUUUAUUGGGUUGGAAAAGACGGUGCAGGAUCGUUUGGCGAAAGGAUCUAUUGGUUUUGAUGCGACUUUACGUUCACCCUCAGAAGAUCGGAUAGAGGGACUGGAUGGAGGUCAUCCACUGUCUCUUGUUGAGCCUUCAGAUCUUGUAAAAUAUGGUUUGAUACCAGAAUUCGUGGGACGCUUACCAGUCCUUGCAUCAGUGAACAACUUGUCGGUUGAUGAUCUUGUCCGUGUCAUGACCGAGCCUAAAAAUUCGUUGUUGCGGCAAUACGAAGGCCUGUUUGAUCUUAAUCAGGUUGAGUUACAUUUCAGUAAAACGGCAUUGCAGAACAUCGCCGGACAAGCGAUAGAGAAAAAGACGGGUGCUCGUGGUUUACGUCGGAUCAUGGAAAACAUUCUUUUGGAUCCCAUGUAUGAUACACCUGGAACAAUUAUCCGCCAUGUAGUGAUCGACAGCAAGGUAAUCUCCAAGGAAAAGUCAGCCAUUUAUCUUGAUGGCGACAAGAAGCAUAUGGCGACACAGAUUGUUGCUGAGGAUGACGAUGCACCUAUCGAUAAGGCAGAGCCCACUGUGCGCCAACAGAUGACCCAAGCAUAACAGAGAAAAAAGAACAGGCUCUCUGAUAGCAGCUGUAGUCGGUCAGUAGAUUUCUACACGCAUUCUCUCUUUUCAUCAUCUCCACUUGUAUUA